AUGUCGCAGCAACCGACAGCACCGAUGCUCAUCAAUGUGCCUCCGCCAGCAUCUAACCCGGACACACCGUCGGAUAUGCCUGGAACGCCGACGAGUACGACCACCUCCCUCUCCGCCCUCUCCACAACCGCUAUCAAGGAUGGCCAUCGGGGUCACGCCUUCCAUAAUCUCGGAGGCCCCCGACAUCAACACCACUCAUCUACGAAUUCCCUUGAAGCCGAACGUGCUGAUCGAAUUAGCCGGCUUGCCGGUCUCGAACGUGUCUCUACCCUCCGCGCUCCCAAUCAAAACCAGCAAGGCGGCAAUGCCACCGCCACACAGACCGCGCCCGCCCCAACGGCCGCCCAGCAGGCUGCAGCCGCCGCCGCCGGCCUAACGCCCGCAUUUUUCGACUCCAACGGUCAGCCGACAGCUGUUACUAAGAUGAGCACUGUUGGUACGGCUUCUGCGACGGGUAGUGUCGGUGCGCGAACCACAACUGAGGCGGAACAUUUUGCCGACGCCGACAUGGAUGCAGAUCUUACCGAGGUUGAUGAAGACGGUAUGUCUACAGAUACUAACUAUCAGACAAUGGACAUUGACUCUACCGGCGCCAUAGACCCUAUGGACGAGGACAUAUCGAGUCGCUCGGCCGGGGGCUUCGAGGAUCGUAUGAGCGACGAUGGCACAGCCAGCCUUGUCGCCUUUGGCGAGGGCGCAAAUAGUACAGUCAGCGGUCCUAUCUAUCAUCGCCGACCUCUUCCCGGCACUGCUGGCGCAGCCGGCGUCUGGGGGUUGGAGCGAAGCAGCUCUGGCCUUAGCCAGGAAGCUAUGAACCGUAGCCGAGAAAUGCGCGACGUCGGAAACGACACCCCGAUCAGCGCAACCGCCGCGGCAGAGACACGUCAGGCCAAGUACGUCGAUGGUGUGGCUGUAGAUGGUGGCGGUCACGUCGGCACCUCGGAUGAUGAUGUGUUUGUCGAUACCACGACCCGCGGACCUGUACCCGUUCAACCCGGCCAGCCCCGAACAAGCGCACUUCGUGAGGGCGUUGGUGGUCCCGCGACACGCGAAGCCGCUGAACGCAUCGUUCGAGAACGUCUCGAUAGUGGCGAGAACGUACGCGCUCCGGUCCUAGGCAACCCUUCCGGCAAGGACGGAGAUAAACUAGGCAAGUUCUACUUCGAGGACAAGAAGUAG